CAUUCUUUUCCUUCAGUCAGUGGUUUGGUUUUUCUAUUUUACUGGAAAUGGCUCGUACUAAGCAAACUGCGCGGAAGUCUACUGGCGGUAAAGCUCCCAGAAAGCAGCUGGCUACAAAAGCAGCUCGUAAGAGCGCACCAGCUACUGGCGGUGUGAAGAAGCCUCACCGUUACCGGCCCGGUACCGUGGCCCUGCGGGAGAUCCGCCGCUAUCAAAAGUCAACCGAACUGUUGAUCCGCAAGUUGCCCUUCCAGCGGCUGGUGCGUGAGAUUGCUCAGGACUUCAAGACUGACCUUCGCUUCCAGAGCUCAGCCGUGAUGGCUCUGCAGGAGGCGAGCGAAGCCUACCUUGUGGGGCUGUUCGAGGACACCAAUCUGUGCGCCAUCCACGCCAAGCGGGUCACCAUCAUGCCCAAGGACAUCCAGCUAGCUCGCCGUAUCCGCGGGGAGAGGGCUUAAACUAUGAGCAGUCUUUGAAAAGCCGUACCUAAAGGCUCUUUUCAGAGCCACCUAUA